CCAUAAAUGAGAGAGAAUUCUCUGUCUUUGGCCAUUGAAAUCACAGAAAGAAACUAAAGAAAUGUCAAAACCAUUGGAGAGAUACCAAAAACUUGCGCUGAAAGAAUCUUUAGGAUCAAUUCACAGAUACCCUUUAGUCUGCAAAGAGCUCAGCUUAAUUCUCAGAGGCGCUUACAGAAAAGUGCCCAAGAAUCUCCAGUCUCUUAUCUUCCAAGAUACCGUCUCCGCCUUUCGUCUCCUUCCUGAAAUGAAGACGCGCAGUGCUGUCUCAGCAGCUCAUCUCCUCCUCCAGAGCGUUGAGGCCACUUUGCCGAAGCAAAAGAAGAACUUGGCUGUUACAGAAUAUAAGAAUGCAAUGAUUGCUCACAAGAGGCGCGCUAAAGCUCGCCAAGAAGAGAAUGUUGCCCAUCUGCCACAAGAUGUUCUUGUACAUGUAUUCAGUUUCCUGGAUUUUCAAUCUUUAGUCUCUGUUGGGCAAGUCUGCUGGCCAUGGAAUUUUGCAGCAAGUGAUAACCGGCUGUGGCAGAGGCAAUACGCUACGUUCUUUAGGGACUCUUACAAUGACUUGAAUAUCAAGGAACAGCAUACCAGUAGACAGGUUGAAGCUGAUAGUUAUACGCUGUUUUGGAGAAAAGCCUUCAAAAGAGCAUAUAAAGGGAAUAAUUCAUCAAAGAAAUUAAAAUCCAGUAGGGGAUACUGUAGAUACUGCAAGACAAUUGUUUGGCUCGAUAACAUGAAAUGUUUCAAUGACCAUAUUGGACUAAAUCCUGAAAUGCAGAAAAUUGACCCUGUAUCACCUAGUCAGGUCGUUGACUAUCUGUUGGAAGAUUCUAUAUCAGUCAAAUCUUCUUCAGAGAGUGAUAGCGACAGUGAUUCAGAAGCAGGGUCCUUUUCUAGGUUAUGGGCCUAUCGAAGACCCUUGACCAGUACUGAAGGGGAAAUUGAAAUGUAAAGGGUAGCUUUUGGUCUUGAUUUCGAUUGAUUUUUAAAGGGAUGAUGAGGAAUUAAGGAGGACUGCAUGAAGCAGCAGGUCAUUGAGACUAUUGUCUCGGCAGAAAUGGUACAAGGUUAGAAUUCCAAGCCUUUGAGUUGUGAUUGUGUUUCUGUUGGGAUAUUGAGAUUAAUUAAAUCUGUAAUUUUGUGGUGGAGAUGAAUAUAUGGAAUUGAUGUAUAAAAGCAUUAGAUUGAUUGAAUUUGGGAUGUCUAUGAAUUUUAUUAAUACGGAAUUGAAAUGCUUCAGCAAUUUGUUUCGGGUUUACAGUAGUUGAACUAAAAUUUGCAGUCUUUCUUUAUGUUUAAAUAUAUGCAAAGGGAACUGACAGAAAAGAAGAUGGGUAUUCCUUAUCCAGUAGCGAUCAAGCAGUUUCAAUUGACAAUGGAGGAAGGUAGAGUUUGAACAACCCAUUUCAAAUAUGUAAAUGGAUCAUCCUUUCGUUUGAUCUGAAAUUUGAUCUCUGUUUUUUGUUCGUCUUUUUUGGCUUUUUAACUUUACGGUUGAUGAGCUGCUGAAGAGCACAUUUGAGGUUAGACCCUAUUUCUCUUUCAAGUUUGCUCGAUCUGGGCUCUUAAAGUUUUGAACUUUUGUGAUAUGCAGCACCAGAUAAUGAAACCCUAUACUCAUUACUGUUUAAGCAUUUAGCUUUGCUUUUCUUUUGGAAAUUACUUACUGCCGAAUCUUAAAUCAGUUUUAUGUACUUGAUCUGGGUCUCUGCUGUAUUGCAUUUUGGGCUUUUCCUCAUAUUUUGGGUUUGUUAGAUUGAUUAGCAUGAAGUUCAUCUUCUAUUUUUCGAAGAGACUUGCUGUAUUUAUUAACUAGUACUCGAUCAAUUUUCUGGCACUCUUCCUUCUCAGCUUGGUUAUCUGGUCAACUUGCGGACCUUGCUUUGUAGGAAGUGCAAUGAAACAUUCAGAAGACUGGAGGGGAAAGAUCGGAAAUGCUUAAGCUUCAAUCAAAUGUUGUACGAGCACUUAAAUGCAGCUCAAGACGUAAUUUGUACUUUCUGAAUUUAUAUGAAACUAUCAAAACGUUUUCCAGAAAGUGUAGAGUCAAAUGACAUUAACUUUGAAGCAUGGAUGGUGAAAUGAAAGGCAUAGCCUAUUACAACAGCAAACAUGGUAAUCAGACUACAGUUAAAAACUGUAGUUUGAUUCAUUUGUUGGCCUAGUGCGGUCACGUUUCCAAAUUUGUGGACUCUAAACAAAACCCCAAACUCCAAAUUUCUGUUAUGUUUAAGCUGUAUUAUUGUUGUUCUACUCUGAUUGUAAAGAAUUGCUCUUGGGCUUCACA